AAGUGUCCGAUAGGCAGGAAGGGGGUAGAAGUACCCGUAGGCAGGAAGGGGGUAGAAGUGCCCGAUAGCAGGAAGGGGGAGAAGUGCCCUGUAGGCAGGAAGGGGGUGACAGUGCCUAGUAGACAGGAAGGGGGUAGAAGUGCC